AUGUUGAUUCAAGGUGUACUCUUCAUUAGGAGACGCUGGUACGAAACUUUUCUUGUUAUGCAUAUCGUGUUGGGUGUUUGCUGGCUAGUGGGAUGUUGGACCCACGUUAAUAAGUUGGGAUUUGUCUAUUUUUUCUACCCUGUGGCAAUUGCAUGGGGUAUUGAUAGACUUGCUCGAAUUAUACGCUUGUUAUUAUUUGGAUAUCCAUUGGCGGAUAUUGAAUUGAUCACUAAUGAUUUGAUGAGAAUAGACAUUCCAGUGCCAGAAUCAUGGCAGAAUCGAGAUAACAUAGGAUAUGCCUUCAUAUAUAUUUUAAGAGCAAAUUGCUUUUGGCAGUCUCACCCAUUCACAUUUAUGCAUUCAAUAAUUACUCAAAAGCGUAUAGUAUGCUAUUGCAGAGUUAAAGGGGGACUCACAGAUAACUUACGACAUUACUUGUUAUACAAAUCAAAUAAUCACGCUAGAAUAAGAGUAGGUGUUGAAGGCCCUUAUGGAUCAUCACCCCCAGUUAAUCAAACAGAUCUGAUGGUCUUUGUUGCUGGUGGUAGUGGUAUAUCUGGGAUUUAUCAAGAGGUUACAUGCCGGACCAAACGCAAUCAAAGAGAUUUUGCCGUGACCGUCAAGUUGAUUUGGAUAGUUCGAGAUUUUUCCUUCAUUCGUUGGUUUUAUGCCGAAUUAAAAGCUUUAAAAGAGACAUCGGUUAUAGUCAUGGUGUACAUUACCGGAGUUUCAGCUCAACUGAGGGAGAACGGAGUUCCUCAAGAUGGAGUGACAGUUGAAAAAGAAGUUGGUCAUGAAAUGGUUUCGCUACAACGUUCACCGAGUAUGCCACUGUUGGAUGAUGUUGACCACGAAUCAGGGAGAGAUCUAAGUUUCAUUGAAUUUUUGUACGGUCGAUUUGACGUUACGCGGUUAGUAAUCACCAACAUUGAAGAGUGUAAAACCUCAGUCUCCUUCAUCACCUGCGGACAUCCAAAGAUGGUGGACGACCUUAGGGUUGCAGUCUGUCAAAGUAUAAACAGUGAACCCGAUAAAGAAAUCCACUUCUACGACCAGUUAGAAGUUUGGGCAUGA